AGUCAAUUACUCGUAUAGCCAGUCACCUCCGCUUGCUUUGCCGUCUACAGAGCUGCAACUAUGGAAGAGGCAAAAAAGAAAGAGAAUAAGCAGUCUGAAAAGACUGAUGAGAAGGAUAAGGACAAAGAAAAGGGACAACAGUCCUCUGGAAAGGAUAAAGACAAGAAAGAGGAGCAGGAAUUAUCAGAGGAAGACAAGCAGUUACAAGAGGACCUGGAGAUGAUGGUGGAGAGGCUGAGUGAGAAGAGCACAGCACUCCAUCGACCUGCUUUAGAAGAGUUGCGCAGACAGAUCCGCUCCUCAACCACCUCCAUGACCUCAGUACCUAAACCCCUGAAAUUCUUGCGUCCACACUAUGGCAAGCUUAAAGAAAUCUAUGAGACCAUGGCUACCGGGGAGAACAAGCGUUUUUGUGCCGACGUGGUGUCUGUGCUGGCCAUGACCAUGAGUGGUGAGAGGGAGUGUUUGAAGUACCGACUGCUGGGCUCCCAGGAAGAGUUGGCCUCCUGGGGACAUGAAUAUGUCAGGCAUCUUGCUGGUGAGGUAGCUAAAGAAUGGCAGGAAGUGGAGGAGAAUGAUAAAACCCAGCAAGAAACGCUGCUGAAACUAGUAAAAGAGAUUGUGCCCUACAACAUGGCUCACAAUGCCGAGCAUGAGGCGUGCGACCUGCUGAUGGAGAUUGAAAGACUGGACAUGCUGGAGGAUUAUAUUGAUGAAAAUGCCUACGGCAAAGUCUGCCUCUACCUCACCAGUUGUGUGAGUUAUGUUCCAGAGCCUGAAAACUCUGCACUGCUGAGAUGUGCCUUGAACAUCUUCAGGAAGUUCACCCGUUAUCCAGAGGCGCUGCGCUUGGCCCUGAUGCUCAAUGAUGUGGAGCUGGUAGAAAACAUCUUCACAUCCUGCAAAGACAUAGUUAUCCAGAAGCAGAUGGCCUUCAUGUUGGGCCGUCAUGGGAUGUUCCUGGAGCUUAAUGAGGACGUGGAGGACUAUGAGGACCUGACAGAGAUCAUGUCCAAUGUGCAACUCAACAGUAACUUCUUGGCCCUGGCCAGAGAGCUGGAUAUUAUGGAGCCCAAAGUCCCAGACGACAUCUACAAAACACACCUGGAAAAUAACAGGUUUGGAGGAAGUGGCUCCCAGGUGGACUCGGCUCGUAUGAACUUGGCCUCUUCAUUUGUCAACGGCUUUGUUAAUGCAGCCUUUGGGCAGGAUAAGCUGCUCACAGAUGAUGGCAACAAAUGGCUGUACAAGAACAAGGACCACGGAAUGUUGAGCGCUGCAGCCUCUCUGGGAAUGAUCCUGCUGUGGGAUGUAGAUGGUGGUCUGACCCAGAUUGACAAGUAUCUGUACUCAUCUGAAGACUACAUCAAGUCCGGUGCCCUCCUGGCCUGUGGCAUUGUAAACUCAGGUGUGAGGAACGAGUGCGACCCAGCUCUCGCUCUGCUGUCCGACUACGUUCUUCACAACAGCAACGUCAUGAGGAUAGGCGCCAUCUUUGGGCUGGGUCUUGCCUACGCUGGAUCAAACAGAGAAGAUGUCCUCUCGCUGCUUCUUCCUGUCAUGGGAGACUCCAAAUCCAGCAUGGAGGUGGUUGGAGUUACGGCGCUGGCAUGCGGUAUGAUCGCAGUGGGGUCUUGUAACGGUGACGUCACCUCCACUAUUGUCCAGACCAUCAUGGAAAAGAAUGAACAGGAGCUGAAGGACACUUACGCUCGCUGGCUGCCUUUGGGUUUGGGACUCAACCACUUGGGCAAAGGAGAAGCAAUUGAAACAACGUUGGCAGCUCUACAGGUUGUACCUGAACCUUUCCGCAGCUUUGCUAACACACUUGUGGACAUCUGUGCAUAUGCAGGUUCUGGGAAUGUGCUAAAGGUACAGCAGCUCCUCCACAUCUGCAGCGAGCACUAUGAAGCCAAGGAGAAGGAAAAAGAAGAGGACAAGGACAAGAAGGACAAAAAGGACAAGGACAAGAAGGAAACUGCUGCUGACAUGGGAUCCCACCAGGGUGUGGCUGUUCUUGGCAUCGCUCUGAUUGCCAUGGGCGAGGAGAUUGGCUCUGAAAUGGCACUGCGAACAUUUGGACACCUGCUGCGUUACGGUGAGCCCACCUUAAGGCGAGCGGUGCCUCUGGCCCUUGCUCUCAUUUCUGUGUCCAACCCUCGUCUGAACAUCUUGGACACUCUUAGCAAGUUUUCCCACGAUGCUGACCCAGAGGUCUCCCACAAUUCCAUCUUUGCCAUGGGCAUGGUGGGAAGUGGCACCAAUAACGCUCGCCUGGCGGCCAUGCUGCGACAGCUGGCACAGUAUCACGCCAAAGAUCCCAACAAUCUCUUCAUGGUCCGACUGGCUCAGGGUCUGACUCACCUGGGCAAAGGCACGCUCACACUCUGUCCCUACCACAGCGACAGGCAGCUGAUGAGUCAGGUCGCCGUGGCUGGACUGCUCACUGUGCUCGUUUCCUUCCUUGACGUCAAGAACAUAAUUCUGGGUAAAUCUCACUACAUUCUGUAUGGCCUAGUAGCAGCCAUGCAGCCACGCAUGUUGGUCACAUUUGACGAGGAGCUGCGACCACUGCCCGUGUCUGUUAGAGUUGGACAGGCUGUGGAUGUCGUGGGACAGGCAGGUAAACCAAAAGCCAUCACAGGUUUCCAGACUCACACCACACCGGUGCUGCUGGCUCAUGGAGAGAGGGCGGAGCUGGCCACAGAGGAGUACCUGCCCGUCACUCCCAUCCUGGAGGGCUUUGUUAUCCUUCGCAAAAACCCCAACUAUGAAACCUAGACUGCACCCUUUUUUCUAAUGUCUCUGCAUAUGUUUAGUUGUUCAUUGCAUGGCUGAAAGAACAACACAGGCCCACCUUUCUACAUCUGUCAUCCGCGGCACAACUCCAGAAGUUAUUAAAAAUGGGCCGAUGGGGUCUGAUUGGUUGGACUGGUAUGGCACACAGAGAGUAAACUGGGGCCUGAUCUUCUCUACAAACAUGUUAAUUUAGGUCCACCUCCCCCACAUGUUCUGAUCCAGCUGCUUGACUGGGCCAGGACCUGUUCCUAACUCUUCAGAAAAUGUUUCAGUCAUGAGUCAAUGAACAGCUACUGUUCAGCCUUCAUCAGUCAUUACAGUGUGUGUUAUCUCCUAAUUUACCCUAAAGUCAUAUUUUGUAAUUAGAGCAUUUAAAGUAUGUGUUCUUCAUCACUUUUUUUUUUUGUUACAGUGCUGUAAAAGAUUGAAUCAGAAAUAAAAACACUGAUUCAUUUGUUGGAAA